AUGGCUCCUCCAACUUUAACUCAAUCAGUCCCAGCUGCUCCACCUUUAGAUACACCGAAAAUGUUGGUUGGUGAACACACCUUACCAGCUAGUUGGUGGACAUCCGAAAGUAUCUUUGAAUUGGAGAAAAGAGCUAUUUUCCACAAAUCCUGGAUGUUCUGCACCCACUCAUCCCGUUUUGCUAAAGCUGGUGAUUACUAUGCCUUUAAUCUUACUGGAAUUAAUUUUUUCAUCAUCAAGUCCAAAAUUGAUGGUCAAUUGAAAGCAUUCCAUAAUGUUUGUCGCCACAGAGCUUAUCCUAUUGUUAGAAAAGAUCAAGGUUCUAGUACUGUUUUGGGUUGCAAAUACCACGGAUGGAGCUAUAACUCCGAUGGCAUCUUAAGAAGGGCACCUCAUUUUGAUAAUGUUGAAGGAUUUGUUAAAGAGGAAAACUCGUUGUUUCCAAUAAACACCCAUGUAACUCCUCAGGGGUUAGUUUUUGUUAACUUCAGCUCCGACCCAAUUCCAUUUGAUGAUUGGUUCCUGGGAUUAACCAGUGAAAUGAACGAAUUUGAUUUCUCUGAUUAUGAGUACCACAUGUCCUACGAGUUAGAUGGAAAGUUUAAUUGGAAAACAUUGAUGGAUGGUUACCAAGAGUGCUUGCAUUGUCCAACUACCCACCCAGGUCUCAAUACUGCGUUCAAGAUGGAAACCUAUAAGGUUGUUCCAAAGAACAGAUACUGCCGUCACUUUGCCAAAAUUGUACGUCAAGAGAAAAAAGUAGAAAAGCAAGAUUCCUCUUCGUGGUUUGGAUUCAAAAAGGAAACAAAGGAGGUUAAAGAGACAAAAUCCAACCCUGGUGGUGAAUUUGAUGGAUUGUGGGUUUAUUUAUUUCCUAGCAACGGAAUCAAUUGCUACUCUCCAGCUUGGUACUCCAUUAGAGUGUUGCCUAUCACUGCAAAGCGCACUAUCUUGCAAUACGAUAUUUAUACCAAAAAGGGUUUAGAAGAAGACGAGAAAAAGGAAUUUGUUGACUUUUUACAGCAAGUUGAAUUGGAGGAUUUUGACCUAUGUGAAUUGACUCAAAAAAACUUGAAUGAAAGAAUUUAUAGUACUGGAUAUUUACACCCAGAAAAGGAGAGAGGCGUGUUGUAUUACCAGGGUGUUGUUCGUGAUAUGGUCAAAGAGCAUUUUGCUUUGGAGCAAGCUGCCGACCAGUCCAUUGAUCCAGCGUCAGUAGGAACUAACCCUAAGAACGGGGAAGUUGAAGAAUUAGAAGGUAUUUGCAAGUCGCUCGAAUGUGGUAAGGAGACUGUUGAUUGGUAA